AUGGGCUACGUUCCUGCACCCCCAUACAAGAUUAGUGGUGGGUUCUGGGCUUGGGCUUAUCAACCCAACCCCUCUGCUUCAAUCAGAUCUCAAAAAAUUUUCCAUUCGAGUCGCCACCAAAAUUUGUCGGAGUGGGGUCAAGAAUUCGAGACAAAACUUAACAGUAUUAAGGAUCUAUAUCGGAUGAAAAACAAUAGGAAUCAGAUUAAGGUGGAAAUGAAUCAAUUGUUUGGAGAUCUAAGCAUGAAUAUUGUUCUUAAGAUGGUUGUGGGUAAACGAUAUUCCAGUUUUGUCGAUGGUGAGAACAAUGAAGAGGUCCAGAGGAUCCAAAGACUCAUAGUUGAUUUCUUUAAAUAUAUAGGUGUCUCAGUUGCAUCAGAUGUGCUUCCCAGCUCCCUAUCAGGGUUUGAUUGGGAUGGGCAACAAAGGGCAAUGAAGAAAAUUUCUAAAGAGAUGGACGUGCUCGCUGAGAGCUGGCUUCAAGAACAUAGGAAAAAGAGAGUAUCUGAGAAGACUACUGAUGGUGAUCAGUAG